AUGAGCGAAGAGGAGCAGGAGCGGCUGCGCUCCCUCUUUCGCGCCUACGACGUGGACAACUCAGGCAGCAUCGAGAGGAACGAGUUUCUCACCAUCUGCGCCGAGCUGCAGGUCCCUGCCGCCGAGGCUGACCGGAUAUUUGACCGACUGGACGUGGACGGGAACGGUACCGUCACCCUGCAGGAGUUCAUCAUCGGCUUCAACGACAGAUACGGAGAGGAGAUGGAGUCAGACGGAGGAGACGUGUCCGUGGCCUGGGAGAACUUCGAGAACAGGAUGGGCGAGCAGGCCAAGUACAUCCCCAGGCAUGAACAAGCAGCAACAUUGUACCAGAACAUCAGCCUGACGGAGCCCAGGCUGAUCCCUCAGCUGGAGAAAGUCAUCAUGAACUUCACUAAAGAGAUCAAACAGCAGACCUCAGAGAUGGAGAACCUCGCCCUCGCCAUUAAACGAGCGCAGGACCAGGCCUCCAUGCAGCUCAGUGAGAUGGAGGAGGAGAUGGACCAACGGAUUCACGUUGCUGAGAGAAAAACACGAGAGCAGGAGAAGAAGAAAACCGAGGCAGCGUUGAGUGAGAUGCAGAGAGGCUUUGAAACUGAAAUAUGCGAGCUGCAGUGUAAGAUCCAGAGGAUGCAGAUGAUUGAAGAGAAGUACAAAACCAUCACAGUGAAAGACGAGAGCCCAGCUCUGAGGAAGAAAAUCAACGAGCUAACACUGGAGAACCAGAAGAUAAAACAGGAGCUGAUGAAAUCUCAGACCACAGUGGCCUGUCUGCGCAGUGAGAUGGACACGCUACAGACAGAACUAACGGACCAGAGCCUCAGCACUGAAUCACAUGAGGAGCUCAUGAGAAACUUCUCUGAUGAACGAGACGAGCUGGAGAGUCAGAUAGAGAUCCUGCAAUCAGCCAACAGAAAACUCCAUGACAGUAAUGAUGGCCUGAGGGCUGCACUGGAAAGGCUCUCAAGGGCUGGCAACGGAACACCACAAGGAGACGCGAAGAACAGAAACAGAAGUAAAAGCAUCUGCUACACAUCAUCACAUGCAUUAAUUGAAAGAAUGGAAAGGUUCUGCCCACGGAUGGAGGAAGAUAUGCCUCCUCUGUUCACCCGCCGGCCCAGCUGUGACACUAUGGCGUUGGCCAUGUGCGACCCCGGCCUGAGGCGCAAACACAGCAGUGAGUGUGAGGAGGACAGCCUCCCUGAGAUCUACGUGGACAGCGGCUUGUCCACGCUCAGAAGCUCACACGAAGGCUACGACUCAGAGCCCGAGGUCAAAGAAGAAGUAUACAGAAGGAGUCCAGAAGUAGAGGAAGAGGAGGAAGAAGUGAGGGUGGAGAUUAAAAAGGAGGAGGUGAAAAUGAACAGCACAAUGAGGGAAACCUGCGAGGCUGAGCCAGUGGAGACACAGGAUGCUGAAUCAGCAAUUGGCUCAGACAGCAGCUCUAUUUUGGACUGGAAGCCAGCUGAAGUCCUGAGUGUAGCUGAUCCUCCAGCUCCAACCAAACGAAAACCCCUCAGUGCCAUCAGUGUUCGGAAGGAGGAAAAGGACAGCACUGACCUGGGCUACAUGACGUCAGAGAAAGCCUAUAGGAUUGUCUUGGCUGGAGACGCUGCGGUGGGAAAAUCCAGCUUCCUGCUCCGCCUCUGCAAGAACGAGUUCAAGUUAAACACCAGCUCAACACUGGGAGUGGAUUUCCAGAUGAAGACUCUUGUUGUGGAUGGAGAAGCGGUUUUACUACAACUAUGGGAUACUGCUGGACAGGAGAGGUUUCGCAGUAUUGCAAAGUCUUAUUUCCGCCGGGCGGAUGGCGUGCUGCUGCUGUAUGACGUCACUUGUGAGAAGAGCUUCCUGAACGUUAGAGAGUGGGUCGACAUGAUUGAGGAUUUGUCCCAUGAGGAUAUUCCCAUCAUGCUCGUUGGUAAUAAGUCUGAUCUAAGAAGAGAAGGUGUUACCUGUGUUCCUACCAGCUAUGGAGAGAAACUGGCCAUGACCUACAACACUCUGUUCUGUGAAACGAGCGCUAAAGACGGUUCCAACACUGUGGAGGCUGUGCUGCACCUGGCAAGACAGGUAAUCAAACAGGAUACUUUCAAUGACCACAGUCACUUUCAGAAGCUGCCCAGCUUAGAUGCUCCAAGGAAAAAACCAAACUUCGCCUGCUGCAACUGAUCAAAUUUGUCAGAACAGGACACCGACAUUGUCUUCAUGUAAACUCAGCACAAGUGGAAAAAGGACUACACAUGAAGAAACCUGACAAAAGAAACUAAAAUCCCUGCAGAAAAAAAAAUCAACAUGGCAAUACCAAAUGAAAAUGUUGGGACCACAGCAGAACAAGUCUUCAGGAGCUCCAUUUCUCUGUUUAUCAAGGUUAUUUAAACAUGUGUUUCUGCUACUUUGUAUUUAUGAGACUGUCUAGCAUGGGCUUUUCUAAUGCUAUCAUACA